CAGAACCAGGACACUCAGUACACAGACUGUACCCACCUCUACACUUCUGGAUACAAAUCCAGUGGUUUCUACAAAAUCAGACCCCACAACAUCUCUUCACCAGUCAGAGUCUACUGUGAUAUGAGUGAAGGAGGUGGCUGGACUGUCAUUCAGAGACGGAUCAAUGGAACAGAGACAUUUAACAGGUCGUGGACGGAGUAUAAGGAAGGUUUUGGAGACAUGACUGCAGAAUUAGGAGAGUUUUGGCUUGGAAAUGACAAUCUGCAUUACAUCACUGCACAAGGAAGUUAUUCUCUGAGGAUUAACCUGGAAGACUUUGAUGGUAACCAGCGCUAUGCGGAGUACAAGGACUUCGAAGUGGCCAGUGAAAAGGAUCACUACCGACUUAAUUUUGGAGCAUAUGUAGGUACAGCUGGAGAUGCUCUAUCUGGAAGGUUUCAGGUCGGUGUGUCAGAGUGGGCCAGUCACCAGGGCAUCAAGUUCAGCACCUAUGAUCAGGACAAUGAUAACUACAAUGGAAACUGCGCCCAGGAAGACAAAGGAGGCUGGUGGUUCAACAAGUGUCAUGCAGCCCAUCUUAAUGGCAAGUACUACCCUAAUGGUCACUACAGUGCAGGGACAGAUGAUGGUGUAGUUUGGUACACUUGGAGAGGAUGGUGGUACUCCCUAAAGACCAGCAUCAUGAAGCUGCGACCCACUGACUUCAAAAUGGAUCCCAUUGAAGACCCCAAUGCUGUUUAUCACAGUCCACCUUCUUAGACAUGACAUAACAUCAAACUUAUAUGCUUUUAGGUAGGAACAGCUUGGCAAACAAUCUUGUAAUUGUAUUAAUUUGUGUAAAAUCAUAUUUUACAUUUAAAAAUACACAAUGAUGAUCCUUUUAAUUCCCUUGAACUUGAUGUCAGAUUGCAUUUAGAUGGUGCACAGAGACAGUAACUAAGCAGGCUAAAUAUAGCCAAGAAGAUUCAGAGACAGUCACCUAGACGUCUGAAUGAAUACAUUUAACCAGAUACUAACAAUAUAAUGAAAAUGUAGCUUACAUAGCAACAAUUAAGAGGUAUUCUGUAUUGUCAGGACUUGUGAAACUUUUUGCCUGGUUUAGAGAUGUAAAUGUUACAAGAGGAAGUAGCAUGCACACACAGCUGUCUGUUUUAGUGGAGGAAAGGGAAAUCUGAUGUCAGUGUAUGUGCCAGAUAAAGGCAGAAACAGUGGACUGAAGGAGGUGAAGGAAGCUAUUAUCAGGACACUGAAUAUAGCUGUGACAAAACUGGAAGUGCUUUUAGAAACAACAAUAUAUGAUACAACCAGCAUGUCAUCUUAUUCGUACCUGUCAUGGAGUGAGCCAAGCUCAGCACUGGUAAUUUGUUUAAAUAAAUUUCUAUUUGUCAUGAAAUAACUGAAAUAAAG